AUAGAGCAUAUGCUCCAAAGCCGAUGUUUGCAUUUUGGUAUUCAAGGAUAUCCUAUACGAUGACAAUGUCUCUUUCCCUUGCAAAUGCAUGCACACACAGGUCUCCAUAGCCUAACAUCGGGGAUGCUCGAACCCUCAGUAUGCUCUUUUUGUCCGUAUUAUUUUACCGACUCGGAACUUACUUAUGUCGGGCCUCGUAACGUCACAGACAGACAACAGAAAUCGAAGCAGACUACUGGAGACAUAAUCCGAUCUUUCGUACACCAAUUCGACACCUACCAACUUGCCGUCUUAUACAUUGCCUUCUACACCGCGUUUGCAAUAUACUUCGACGACGUCUAUCCUGAUGACCCCGACGCCCUGGUCGGAGUUCCUAUUUUUACCAAAGUGAAUAUCGAUGUCUACAUGUCUGCUAGUGAAAUUCCAUUAAUUUCUUCCACACAGCACUUUGCAUCCUCAGAGAAGCAGCCAAACAAGAUGCUAGAUGACUUUGCGAACAUCCUGGCAGAAGCCUCCCAGCUGUUUGGCGAAGUGACUGCUGAUUUCAUCGUCCAGGCGGUCCUCCGGUUCAUGACUGCAUUGAUUUUGGAGACACGAAGUAUAUCUGAGCCGGUGAGUAAUUCUCACAGGCAAUUGGGUCACUUACUCAUCAAAGGCGGCAGACGCACAAAGUUGACAAAUACGCAGCAUUUCUUCGAGAGCUAAGCGGAAUUGCGGAAGCUUACGCCGUGUUCAUUUUCCCCACCAAGAUGCCAGUAUUCCGUAUACAUCCAAGCUCUCCCUCUCCUCCGUGAAGUCAUCUGCUUCAUAAACGACGUCAC